GGGGAGGCCUCCUGAGGCGCCCCUGGCUGGCUCGAGCUGCCCUUCUGGGCAGAAGGCGACCGGCGCAGCCUGCCGGCUCGUCGGGCCUCCCACUAGGGGGGGCCACCGCGGCGAUGCCUCCGCCCUGGCCGCCACGCGGCGCCAGCGCCCCGCUGCUGGCCCUGCUCCCGCUCGCCGCCGCGCAGCGGCUGCGCAUCACCAACGGCUGCGCGCGGGAGCCCCUGUGGGUCGCGCACAUGGCGGGCGCCGAGGCGGGGCCCGACCGGCAGAACCUGCGACUGGACCCGGGGAAGCACCACGACUUUAAACGAGCGACGGGCUCUCGGCCACGCGCUACUGGCCGAAGAUGCGGUGCAGCAGCAAGGGCGACCAGUGCCUCAUCGGGGAGAGCGGGGGCCCCGGGCAGGAGUGCAACGAGACGCUGGGCUGUGCGCCGCCGAUCGACUCCAAGUUCGAGGGCACCUUUGGCACCGAGCAGGACAUCGACUGGAUCGACGUCAGCCUGGUGGACGGGUGGACCCUGCCGUUCGAGUUCAAGAUGAAGCUGAAGGAAGGGAAGAAGUGCAACGCGGGAGACGGCGACAGACCGGUUGUCACCAGCUUGAACUGCUCCAGGCUGACGCUGGACGUGUGUCCUGGGCGGGAGAAGCUGGGAAAGCUGAAAACGAGUCUUCAGGUGGUGCACCCUGCGAGCGAGCAGGUCGUUGGGUGCUACAGUCCCUGCGCGAAGUUGACUUCCAACAACUGGGAAAACAGCGUGGCAGACGAGGUGUCCCCCGCGGACGACGCGGCCGUCGACUUCUGCUGCCCCACCCCGCCCAUGUCGCCAGAGAAAUGCCGCGAGGGACCCGUGGAGGACACCAACUUCGUCAAAGCCGUGCACGAGCACUGCCCUGGGGUGUAUGGCUAUUCAUACGACGACGGAAUGGGACUGAUCACGUGCCCGAAGGAUACCACCUACGAGAUGAUCUACUACUGUCCGGAUGACGGUCAUCCAGGCCCGAACCAUACCGGAGCUAACCUCUCCAACGGGACGGCGUCGAGCUCCAAGAACAAGAGCUCCAAGAACAAGAGCUCGCCGAGUUCUGGGAAUAAGAGCUCUCGGCACGGUCAGCAUGGCCCCACCGUAGUGACGACGACUGCCGCCGCCACCACCGAGGUGACGACGACUGCCGUCGCCACCGCCGAGGUGACGACGACACUGCCCACACUGUCGCCAACGGCCGCGUCAGAGGAUUCUAAGACCACGACCAGCGCGGCCGACGCCGCCAAGACGGCGACAACCACCGCCGCCGCCACGCUGGACUGCACGGUGAAGCGCAAGCAUACGCGCUGCGACGCGGACGACGCUGUUGCCACAUCGAGGCGUGCUCGUGACGGGGCCCUGCUGGAGGACGAGGCGAUGCUGAGGA